UUGUUGUCAAACGUCAAAACACAUCAACGUGCUUCAGAAUUGUGUUGUACGGCACGCGUGUUUACUUGUAAUUUCAGUUCAUUAAUUAUCAGAAGAUUCGAACAAAUAUGAAGAAAAAAGGUCGCCGUAACAAGAAAAACUCUAAGGUGAAAACAGUCGCUCCUAUUCUGGAGGAACCAUCGGCAGUGAAAAACGCCCCACACACGUUCGUUAUCCAUCGAGGUGAGAGAUGUGCUUCCGUACUAGCACUGUCCCGGGAUUUCCGUCGUAUGAUGGAACCAUUCACAGCCAGUUCGCUGCGGGAACGUAAAGUGAACAAGGUGAAGGAUUUUGUGCAUUUGUCCGGUUUCUUCCACGUAUCGCAUAUGUGCUUGUUUUCACUUUCGCCGCAAACCCUUUCGCUGAAGAUCAUGCGAAUGCCAAAGGGACCAACGCUGACGUUCAGGGUUACAAAAUACACCCUUGCUAGGGAUGUGAUAAGCCUAAGUAAGAAACAGUUUGUUGAUGAAGAAAGCUUCCAGACGGCACCCCUUGUAAUUUUGAACAGUUUUAGUGGCGAAGGAAGACACCUUAAGCUUAUGGCAUCUACUUUUCAAAAUAUGUUUCCGCCAAUUAAUCUAUCCACUGUAAAACUAUCUUCGCUGAAAAGGUGCGUGCUACUAUCAUACAACCCAGUGUCCAAACUGAUCGAUCUCCGUCACUACUCGGUUACCGUAGUGCCUGUUAACUUGAAUAAAGGCGUAAAGAAGGUUGUAACCCGUAACAUACCCAACAUGUCGAAAUUCGACGAUAUUGCCGAUUUCGUCGAGAAGGGUCAUCUCCUUUCGGAUUCGGAGUUCGAUGACGAGGAAGCGCACGUCGUGCUGCCGCAGAACUUGCGACGCGGUAACCUUGCGGACAAUAAGUCUUCGCUCAGGCUACACGAAAUCGGGCCACGUAUUACUAUGCGGCUGAUGAAGAUCGAGGAGGAUUUGCUGACUGGGGAGGUUUUGUAUCACGAUUAUAUUCAAAAGAACGCGUUGGAGGUUGAGGAACUUCGCAAGAAACGAGCCGCUCAGAAGCGCCUCAAAGAGCAACGCAAGCAGAAACAGGAGGAAAAUAAGAAGAAGAAGGAAGCGGAAAAGCUUGAGCACAAGGCCAAGACUUCGGGCGGAAAGCUAGACGAUCGGGAUCGAGCGCUGCUCAAGGACGCAGAGGAAGCAAUUGGGGAGGUAUCGGACGAAGACGAUACACAAUACUAUGAAGAAGCGGUAGGCGAGGCACCGGAUAAGGAACUGUUCCAGGGACAAUGCCGCAACAGGAAGAGACCUUUCAUCCCGAGGGGAGCGAACUAUUCCCUGAAACCGAAGAAGCCUAAGCUGGAUAAGAGAAAAGAAUUCGAGGAAGAUGACAGAGAGGCACAACGUGGGGCCCGAGCGAAAGGGAAAGGGAAAAAUUUCAACGAAACUAAGGGAAAAGCUAAAAAGGGUGGACAGUUUUCGGGGAAGAAAAUUGGUGGAUCUUAUAAAGGGAAGGCCAAUUAUAGUGGCAAAAAAGGUUCAUUUGAGGGCAAAGGCAAAUUUAAAAGGGGUAAAAAGAAGUAGCUUGUUAUAAAUGCAAUAAAAUGCAUAGCAUUAUGCAUGUAGUAUUUU